CCAAAUACUCUGUCUUUGACAGGAGAGAGAACAGACUCUCAUUCUGAAAGCGGGACGAGUCCUUCAGAAGAACCUGACCCAGAGACAUCCAAACCAGCAAGAGCACACCACUGCUCCCAGUGUGGGAAGAGAUUUAUCCGGUUAGGGCACCUGAAAGAACAUAUGAAAACACAUACAGGGGAGAAGCCUUACCACUGCUCCCAGUGUGGAAAGGGUUUUGGACAGUCAGGGCAUCUAAAGGUGCAUGAAAGAAGACACACUGGAGAGAAGCCAUAUCAAUGCUCCCAGUGUGAAAAGAAAUGUUUCUCACCAGGGGACCUGAAGUCACAUGAGAGAACACACACACAGUCUUUAGAGAGGCCUUUCCAAUGCGCUCAGUGUGGAAAGAGAUUUAUCCAGUCGUCGCAUCUGAAAGAGCAUGAAAGAAUACACACAGGGGAGAAGCCGUAUCAAUGCUCUCAGUGUGGAAAGGGUUUUAGAUACUCAGGUCAUUUAAAAGUGCAUGAAAGAACACACACUGGCGAGAAGCCGUAUCAAUGCUCCCAGUGUCAAAAGGGUUUUUUCUCACCAGGGGACCUGAGAAAACAUGAGAGAACACAUUUAGUAGAUAGGCCUUUCCAAUGCUCUCAAUGUGGAAAGAGAUUUAUGCAGUCAUCACAUCUGAAAAAACACAAGAGAAUACACACAGGCGAACAACCAUUCCAAUGCUCUCAUUGUGGAAAAAGUUUUACCCGUUUAGGGAACUUGAAAACGCAUGAGAUGACACACACGGGAGAGAAGCCUUUCCAUUGCUCCUUCUGUGGAAAACGUUUUACCCAUUUAGGGAACCUGAAAAUGCAUGAGAUGACACACACAGGAAAUAAGCCUUAUCACUGCUCCCAGUGUGGAAAAGGUUUUGGACACUCAGGGCAUCUAAAAGUGCAUGAAAGAACACACACUGGAGAGAAGCCGUAUCAAUGCUCCCAAUGUGAAAGUAAAUUUUUCUCAUCAGGGGACCUGAAAUCACAUGAGAGAACACACACUGUAGAGAGGCCUUUCCAAUGCUCUCAGUGUGGAAAGAGUUUUACCCGGUUAGGGAAUCUGAAUAUGCAUUUGAGAACACACACAGGGGAGAAGCCAUACCACUGUUCAGACUGUGGAAAGAGAUUUAUCCAGCUAGGGGACCUGAAAUCACAUGAGCGGACACACACAGGAGAUAAGCCUUUCCAAUGCUCUCAGUGUGGAAAAAGUUUUGCCUGGUUAGGGAACUUGAAAAUGCAUGAGAGAAUACACACAGGAGAGAAGCCUUUCCACUGCUCCUUGUGUGGAAAGAGUUUUACCUUUUUAGGGACACUGAAAAAGCAUGAGAUGACGCACACAGGAGAGAAGCCUUUCCAAUGCUCCCAAUGUGGAAAGAGUUUUACUCAGUUAGUGAACCUGAAAAGGCAUGAAGGAACACACACAGGAUAGAAUCCGUUCCAGUGUUCUCAGUGUGGAAAGACAUUUUCCCAGUCAGAGGACAUGAAAUCACAUGAGAGAAUAGAGGUUCUGACUUAUAGUUUUGACAAACUUUUUGUGCUUUGGUUUAUGCCACAUUAAAUAAAAUUGUAAGAAAAAAAAUAGCCUUACUUUUGUUCUUAGUUAAUUUUUUCUCUCAAAACAUGUUCGCAUCUAAAAUUAGAAUAGAUUUUGAAUGUAUUUGAUUUUCAUUAUGAAUUUUUAUUGAUAAAUAUAAACCCUUAAGUGUUCAUUAUAUGAUUUGGAUAUUGUUAUUUAAAAAAAAAAAAUGAAAUUAAUCAUUCAUGUGUUUUUCUUGAUUCUGAUCUUAACCUCUUGAAUUUAGUCGUUGUGUUUUUCAUUGAGUUCAUUUGUGUAGUUAUUAAUAAGCUGUGUGAUAAUUAGAUGACGUUGUUCUGAUAACAUUGAUAAGUUGUUGACAUGAUAAAACAUUUACUACCUCAAUGUCCAUCAGUACUGUUCCAUCAGAUAAAACACAGGUGCUGAUUUGUAAAAAUGAUUUGAUUAUUUCAACAUGUAACUGAAUAAAAGUAAACUGGUAUUUUUUUUAAA